AGUACCGUCACACGCUCCUGUGCUCAGACCGGAGUGGAGCACGAGGGACAGGCGGAGAGAACAGGGCUAUGACGACUGCAGCGUCCCGACCGCAGCUCAACUGAGGAGGGGAAUCUGUCGCUCCUCUGCUCCGGCUCUGGGAUUAAGUUUUUGUUCCCGUCUUGGCAUCAUGGAGUCUCCCACCAGAGAGAUCGAGGAGUUUGAAAGCACCUCGCUCAAGUACUUACAGCCCGACCAGAUCGAGAAUAUCUGGCUCCGACUGCGGGGACUGAGGAAGUACAAGAAAACAUCUCAGAGUGUGGUGGCUGUGGCUCUGCCCUACGCUGCCCCGCUCAGAGAUCAGCGCUCUAAUAAGCUGUUGGAUUUGUGUCUGGAUCUCCUGAAGGAUCCAGUGACCAUCCAGUGUGGACACAGUUACUGUAAGAUCUGUAUUACAGACUGCUGGGAUCAGGAGGAUCAGAUGAGAGUCUACAGCUGCCCUCAGUGCAGACAGACCUUCAGUCCAAGACCUACUUUAGCUAGAAACACCAUGCUGACUGAUCUGGUGGAGAAACUGAAGAAGACCAAACUUACUGCUGACUGUGACGCUGGAGCUGGAGAUGUGCAGUGUGACGUCUGUACUGGAAGAAAAUACAAAGCCGUCAAGUCCUGUCUGAUGUGUCUGGAGUCUUACUGUCAAACUCAUUUUGAGCGGCAUGAGGAGUUUCAUUCAAGUAAGCCACACAAAGUGACUGAAGCCACGGGACGACUGCAGGAGAUGAUCUGCCAGAAACAUGAGAAGCUCCUUGAGGUUUUCUGUCGCACUGACCAGAGAUGUAUAUGCAUGCUGUGUACGAUUAUUGAACAUAAAAACAAUGACACUGUAUUAGCUGCAGGCCAGAGGACAGAGAAACAGCUUAUGUCUGGAUACACAGAUGUUUAUGGCACAGUUACUGCGAAGAUGGUUUUAGUGGUGCGAUUGGUCGAUACCGAGGAUGAACUCAGUGAUAUCCAAUCAGGUUCCGUGCCGUCAGAGGUCCGUGAUUGGCUGGCCUCCACCUUCACGCGGCAGAUGGGCCUGAUGCUACGACGGACCGAAGAGAAGCCACGAUUUCGCAGCAUCGUACACGCAGUGCAGGCUGGGAUAUUCGUGGAGAGAAUGUACCGGAGAACCUCUAACAUGGUGGGACUGAGUUACCCUCCAUCUGUCAUAGCGGUGCUUAAGAAUGUGGAUAAGUGGUCUUUUGAUGUAUUUGCUCUGAACGAGUCGAGCGGUGACCACGCUCUCAAAUUCAUCUUUUACGAGCUCCUCACCCGAUACGACCUCAUCAGCCGCUUCAAGAUCCCCGUCUCAGCGCUGGUCUCAUUUGUGGAGGCUCUGGAAGUGGGAUACAGCAAACAUAAAAACCCCUACCACAACCUGAUACACGCAGCCGACGUCACACAGACCGUGCACUACCUGCUCCUCAAGACGGGGAUGGUGCACUGGCUGACAGAGUUGGAGAUUUUUGCAAUGCUUUUCGCUGCUGCCGUCCACGACUACGAACACACCGGGACCACAAACAACUUCCACAUCCAGACCAGGUCGGACACGGCCAUCCUGUACAACGACCGCUCUGUGCUGGAGAGUCACCACGUCAGCGCGGCGUAUCGACUGCUGCAGGAUGACGACGAGAUGAACAUUCUGUACAACCUCUCCAAAGAUGACUGGAGAGAGCUCAGGGUGCUCGUGGUCGAGAUGGUUUUGGCCACUGACAUGUCCUGCCACUUCCAGCAGGUCAAAGCCAUGAAGAAUUUCCUCCAGCAGCCCGAGGGAAUUGACAAACCCAAGGCUCUGUCUCUGCUGUUACACACGGCUGACAUCAGUCAUCCAGCCAAGAACUGGGAUCUACACCAUCGCUGGACUACGUCACUGCUGGAGGAGUUUUUCCGACAGGGCGAUAAGGAGGCAGAACUUGGUCUACCUUUCUCACCUUUGUGCGACCGUAAAUCCACUAUGGUGGCUCAGUCCCAGAUCGGUUUCAUUGACUUCAUCGUUGUUCCCACGUUUACGGUUCUGACGGACAUGACCGAGAAGAUCGUCACACCGCUCAUCGAGGAGGCCACAAGUUCAGGCCUGGCUGGUUUCCGCAGCAUUACUACGGGAGAUGCGAAGCGGAGCAGUGUGAACAGCUCUGGUUCUGAUGGCAGUGGAUCUCAUAGCUGCUCGCUGCUCACUGUGGACCUGAAGAACUUCAAGGCCAUCUGGAACGAAGAGGUUUCUCUGAACAGAGAGUGGUGGAAGACGCAGGCAGCUAAAGAGACGGAGGAGAAGGCCAAACGAGAGCAGGAGGAACAGCAGGAGGCAACAGCAGAAAACCAGGAGCACAAAAAAGACCCAGAGCUGUCGGGACCAAAGGAAGACAGGGGGGGAGAGGACGACCCGGAGCCAGGACGGGUAAAUGGACCCCCAGAAGAAAGUCCCCAUGACAAAUCAAAUAACGAAGAGGCACAUCAGAACUUACAGAACGGAGAAGUGUCUGAAGAGGCAGAAUCACCAGCAGAUGAAGACAAGAGAACACUCGAUGAAAGUGCAAAUGCCUAGAGUGACUUCCAGUGGCGUCUUGAGGUCAGACACAGAGCGGUGAACUUGCCAUCAGGAGAGCGCUCGGUUCUGAAGGACUACGGCGCCCUCUAGAGGACACGGCUAAUGCUUAGUGUCCUGCCUCUAUCCCCUCCAAAUCUCCAGACUUUCAUAAGGCUGACCUCUCUGAAUGAUGAAGGACAAAACGGACGAGAGACAACAGCUGCUUUUGUCUGGUCUGUUUUAUUUACAGAACCAGAUUUCCUUCCCAAACCUUUAAAGUGCAACGGUUGCAUCCGCUAAGAAAAGCAUGCAGCAGCUGAAUGUAAGGAUUCUUAUUAAAACCUCCAUUUAAAAUGCUUUCUAUGUUUUUCCACAGCCUUGCAGUAGGAUCACUUGGUAUGUGUGUAAAGUUCAAACUGUGAUUUAUAUCUAAA